AAAUCUGUCAGUGUCAAGUUAUAAGGUGCACAUAGUGCUUGUAAACGGAUGGUUAUAUAUAAAGUAAAGAAGGUUUGGUCACUGUGAGGAGUUUCUAGAUAAUGAAAUUUACUGCAGGUCCAUUUAAAUAUGGCUAGAGUUUGAAGAAAAAAGCUUUAGAAAAGGUUUUGGAAAGAGGUAUGAAGGCUUCUGCAGUGCAGUAUGAUUUUAUGGACAAUGCCAAUGAAAUUCUGCACCCCAAGAAGUACUUUUCACAUCUGUAUCAAGGAAGUAUACCAGAAAUCUACAAUACGUUCUCUCCUACCAAGCCUAAACCUCAUGAACUGGUGACCAGAAAUGAAGGUUUUUGUAAAACAAAAUCAUCACUAGGGUUCCGAUAUGGCCUUAGUGUUGGUCAGCUAAUAGAAAGGAUCAAUAAAAAAGUAGAGGUCAAUGAAUUGUGUAUUAGUGCAAAAGAAAAUGGAAUAAGAGCUGCAAGUCCACAGCCAGUAGAAAGCUUAAUUACACCUAUAAAAGACAUUAAAUCAUUAUUAUCCAUAGAGAAUGAUGACAUUUGUAAGUUUGAGUGCCAGGUGAAGGAAGCAGAUAGUACAAUGGCACUGAGUGAGACAUCACAGAAAAAGGAGAGACGGUGGGCGUUAGGGACUCAGAAUCCUUGUCAAGUCUGUGGGGAUAAGGCAGCAGGAUUUUACUGUGGAGCAUUCGUCUGUGAGGCUUGCAAGAAAUUUUUCAUGAGAGCUUCAAGGCAACAGAAAAUGAAAUACACUUGCCUCAAGGACAAAAAUUGUAAAAUAACGAGAGAGAGUCGAGUCCAAUGUCAGUACUGCAGAUUCCAGAAAUGUUUGUCCUUUAACAUGUGUAUUCCAAGUCAAAAAGAGAGUUUGGACAGAAAAGAGAAUGGUAUCAGUAACAUUCCUUGUCAGGUGUGCAGUGCUUCAUCCUCAGGGUUCCAUUUUGGUGCUAUAACGUGUGAAGGAUGUAAGGGAUUUUUCAGACGUAUAGCGAAAGAAAAUGGAAGAAAACAAUUCCAUUGCCCAAAAUCUCGUAAUUGUGAAGUCACGACAGGAACAAGAAACACAUGCAGGGCCUGUCGCUACCAAAAGUGUCUUGAUAUUGGAAUGUCUGUAGAAGCCAGCAGAAUAGGACGACAGCCGAAUUCAGUAAAGCAUGCCAUUAACCUUGAACUUCAAAAAGGAAAGAGUUUAAACUCUGCCAGCAUAAGCAGUAGUAAGAUCAUAGACUUCAAGCGUUUAAAUAACCCAGAUAUGGACUUCUUCACCUCACCUUCUUCAGACUCUUGUUUAGAAAACUCAGGAAAUGAUCCAGAAGAGAUGUAUGACCAUGAAUCAAAGCAGAGUAUUGAAUCAACUGAAAGUAAUUUAGGACAAAGUAUAAAAGUUAAGGAUGAACCUGAAGAUAGUGAUGUUAAGUGGAGCAGAAGUUGUUGUUUGCAAGAAAAAUCAGAUGGUUGUAACAGUAAUUGGUUUCUGAAUUGUGAGGUUAAUACAUCUUCAAAGAUUGAGCGGUUUUACAGAAUGAAAAGGAAUAUUGAAGACAUCGACACAGCAUUACAAAAAGUUGGAUCUAGAGAUGGAUAUGAUGAAAUUUUUGGACAAGGUUUUGGUAGCAAAACUGCUGUUUGGAAAAUAUUAAAUGAUUUAUUCAACUAUAACGCAUCACAGAUUGUAGUUGCAUUAAAAAUGUUUCCAGCCUUCAGAAUUCUGGAUCUGGAUGACAGAAUUGCUUUGGUCCAAGAUUCCUUAUACUCUGUGGGGAUCUUAAAUCUGUCACGUAGAUUCAAUCUCGAGACAAAGGAUUACAAUUUCUUUGGCUGCACAAAGUAUGAAGAAAAGAUACUCCUAGAUUACUUCCCACAAUUCAAAGCUGUUUCAGAAGAUCUUUUGUAUGUUGGAAAUCUAAUGCAGACAGUAGCAUUUGAUGAAAUAGAAAUAACCUGCCUUACUGGAUUACUGACCUUCAAUGCAGAUGCACUGAAUCUAAAGAAAAGAGAAAGUGUGGAAGAGGCACAGAAGAAUUUAAUGACAUUCCUAGAAGAAUAUGAGGAAAAAAAGUUUAAUAAUUGGGAGCUGAGAUUUGGCAUGUUGGUUUUACGAAUUGGAGAACUCAUUGGUUUAAAUCAACGGCAUAUUACAACCAUGGCGAAAACAUUCCAGUCCAAUCCAGACCUAGAAAUUUCUCAGUUGAUGAAGGAACUGUACAAGCAUUUCAAAUAACAGUUUUCUUUUUUUUUUUUUUAAAUGUCAACUACUGAUUGUUUAUUUAGAGCUGAAAAGAAGAAGAAAGAUUUCUAGUUUUCAAAUUGUGCUGAUUGUGAUUUCUUUAUUGUACCUUAAAUUACCUCAAAUUAUUCAUUUCUUUAUUAUCUGUACACCUUAAUGCCUAUCAUCAUUCCUCUGUGUGUGAAUUUUCAUUUGUUUUUUUUUUUGUGUUUUUAAUCACCAUUAACUAUUUGCUGAAAAAGUGUUGUCUUUAAUUAGCUUUUUCAGUUUCUAGAAUGCCUUAGUCACUUGGAGGACAAUUUUAGAAGUCACUCUGCAUAGUGACUUUGAUAACUUAUUAUCAUUUUUUGUCAUUAAUUGUUAGAACAUUGUCGGCUUUUUCUCUUUAACUAUAAUGUAAUUAGUUUUGUUAUUUAGCAUCUAUGGAUGAAGGGAGUAAAAAUUGUGGAUUUCUUGGUCUUAAGGCUCGAGAUGAGCAAAAGCCAAAAAAAUCAUGCAGUCUUCAAACCAUCUUCUCUGUUCUUGAACAACAGGCAAAUUGUUUUCCUUAUCAUAAAAAGCAACAAGCCUUUUAAAGUUAUAAAAUUCAUUGACUCUGGGUCCAGACUAAGUUGGUGGUAUAUAGAAAAUUUAUCUACUUAUUUUUUCCCCUAUUUCACUUGAGGCGGGCCAACGGCAUGCUUUAAAUAUAUGAAAACUGAGAAAUUUUUGUCUGCUUGGUCCAUUGCUUAGGAUUUAGAGUACACCUUAUUUGCCCCGGUAAUGAAAAAUGCAUAAUGUCUCAGAAAUUCUUGUCAUCUAUCACAUUGUUUUUAUAUUAAUACUAUGUAAUGAACCUAUGUGAAUUUUUCUAAUUCCCAGGUCUCUCAGGUUAGUUUUUGGUUUUAAGUUGAUCAUACAAGGAAUAAGAUUCCAAUAAAAAGUGCCAUGUUUUUCCCUAUUUAGUACAAAUUUAUAAUCCUGAUUGAAUCCUGGUUCCUGUGGAUAUUGCAGGUUAUAUUAGGUCUAUAUACUAGUACUAGCUGUCCACAGUGAUCAGUGAUCAAUACAGGACAUGUGUUAAGUUGUUUUGAUGUCAUAUCCUUGAGCAUUUUGUGAUGUAUUUAAAAAUUGUUUUUGUUUGAAAAUUAGUGGCAUUAAGUCGUAUAAUCAACGAAGUAGUUUAAAAUGUAAAUAUACAUGUAAUACGUCUUGAAGAUUGAAUAUUUAAGAUUAUAGAUGCGAUCUAAGUAAUUACUUUAGUACAUAGAAAUAAGUAUAGUAAAGCUAUUUAUACCUGAUUUACAACUCGCUCCAAUUGCAAUGAUCAUAAACCCUCAAAAAAAAAAAAAAAAGAAGUGAUUUCUUAAUUUUCUACUUUAAAAUCUAUGUGACGUUAUUAUUGUGAAUCUUUUGUCAAGUGGCUUAGGAUUUGAUUUACCUUUUAUUUUAGGCAUUUUUGGAAAAAAAUGCCUGAAGAAUAUUGAUUUUUUUUUUCCUUAUUAAUUGAUAAUUGAAUUAAAUUGACAUAAUAUGAUAUUGUUUGGUUUAUUUUGCACAUU